AGCUCGCCAUUUCUUCGAUCUCCACUCCUUCUCCACCACCUCCUCCUGCUGCUCGUGGCGUCGCGUGGAGCUCGUGGUGCUCUAGAUCUACGAGGAGGAGGAGGAGCAGGAGGAGGAGGGCUUCUUUGGUCGAGUGUGAUGAGGGCGCGACGGGUUCUUGCGGCGGCGCUGCUGCUCCUGCUGGCCGGCGCGGCGGCGGCGCGGCUCGACCUGGACGACGACGGGGACGACUCGGAGGUGCUGGACGAGCUGCUCGCGGUGGACGAGGAGGAGGAGAGGGGGGAGCUCGACGGAGGGGGGAAGGCCGCGGGCGCGGAGGCGGUGCGGCGGGCGCAGUCGAUGGUGCUGGUGCUCGACAACGACAACGCGCGCCGCGCCGUGGAGGACAACGCGGAGCUGCUCCUGCUUGGUUACGCGCCGUGGUGCGAGCGCAGCGCGCAGCUCAUGCCGCGGUUCGCGGAGGCAGCCGCGGCGCUGCGGGCCAUGGGGAGCGCCGUCGCCUUCGCCAAGCUCGACGGGGAGAGGUACCCCAAGGCCGCCUCCGCCGUCGGGGUCAAGGGGUUCCCCACCGUCCUCCUCUUCGUCAACGGCACCGAGCACCAAUUCACUGGCCUCCACACCAAAGACGCGAUAGUUACGUGGGUAAGAAAGAAGACUGCCGCACCGGUUAUUAGACUUCAGUCAAAGGAUUCCGCUGAGGAAUUUCUCAAAAAAGAACAAACCUUUGCUCUUGGCCUGUUCAAAAAUUUUGAGGGCGCAGAAUAUGAAGAAUUCAUUAAAGCAGCAACCUCGGAAAAUGAAGUACAAUUUGUAGAAACCAAUGAUAGGAAUGUGGCCAAAAUUCUUUUUCCUAGCAUUGCAUCUGAAGAUCAAUUCCUGGGCCUUGUGAAAAGUGAGCCAGAGAAGUUUGAGAAGUUCGAUGGAGCAUUUGAAGAAAAAGCAAUAAUACAGUUUGUGGAGCUUAACAAGUUCCCACUAAUUACUGUAUUCACUGAUCUCAACUCUGGUAAAGUUUAUGGAAGCCCUAUUAAGCUGCAGAUCUUCACCUUUGCAGAGGCUUAUGAUUUUGAAGAUCUUGAAUCUAUGAUCCAAGAGGUUGCCAGAGAAUUCAAAACAAAGAUAAUGUUUAUAUAUGUGGAUACUGCUGAAGAAAAGCUUGCAAAACCAUUCCUGACUCUCUAUGGACUUGAACCCGAAAAACCCACUGUCACAGCAUUUGAUACCAGCAAAGGUACCAAAUAUCUGAUGGAGGCAGAAAUUAAUGCGAAUAACCUACAGGACUUCGCUAGAGACCUCGUGGAGGGUACACUCCCACCAUACUUCCGAUCAGAACCAAUACCAGAAGAAAAGGGACUUAUUGAAAAGGUUGUUGGCCGUACAUUUGAUUCUUCAAUUCUAGAAAGUCCUCACAAUGUGUUCCUUGAGGUUCAUGCACCUUGGUGUGUUGACUGUGAGGCCAUAAGUAAAAACGUGGAGAAGUUGGCCAAGCAUUUCAAUGAUUUGGACAAUACGAAUCUUAAAUUUGCACGCAUGGAUGCUUCUGUGAAUGAACAUCCCAAAUUGCAGAUAAACAACUACCCGACUCUAUUGCUAUAUCCUGCCCAAGACAAAAGCAAUCCGAUAAAAGUUUCAAAGAAAUCAAAUCUGAAGGACAUGGCAAAAUUCAUCAAGGAGAAGCUGCAGAUUUCAGAUGCUAAAACAGUAGCUGCUUCUGACAAUGCCAAGGAUGAGCUAUAGUAGAUUACUCAUAGAGCUUUUGAAAUCAUAGCAUCCUCGAUUGAUAUAAUUAUUUUACCGACAUGUUUGUCUUGGGCUUGAAAUUGUACCUUGAGGGAGAAGGAAAUAGGAUAGAAAAUGACCAAAUGAGCAUUUAAAUUGAACCAUAUAUGGAUUGUCCAGGUUUACUUCUCAUAGCAGAACGUGUUCCUUUCAAAAAUGAUUUACUACACAUGCCAAGUUGUUAAUAACAUGAUUCAUUUGUCGCUUUUGUUUGCCUGUUGAGCUGUUACUCCAA